AUGGCCUCGCUGGACCUGCCCUACCGCUGCCCGCGCUGUGGAGAGCACAAGCGUUUCCGGAGCCUGUCAUCACUACGCGCCCACCUGGAAUACAGCCACACCUACGAGACACUCUACAUCCUCUCCAAGACAAACAGCAUCUGCGAUGGGGCGGCAGCUGCAGCUGCAGCUGCAGCCGCCUCCGGCUUCCAGCUGGCAGCCGAACCUGCCGCCCUGCUGGCGGUACCCGGCGCCCGGCGCGAGGUUUUCGAGAGCACGUCCUUCCAGGGCAAGGAGCAGGCGGCCGGACCGCCUGCAGCGCCACACCUGCUGCAUCACCACCACCACCAUGCGCCCCUCGCCCACUUCCCCGGCGACUUGGUGCCCGCCACCCUACCUUGUGAGGAGCUGACUGAGCCCGGCCUGGUGCCCGCUGCCGCUGCACGCUACGCGCUGCGCGAGAUAGAGAUUCCGCUGGGGGAGCUGUUUGCGCGCAAGUCCGUGGCAUCCUCGGCGUGUUCGACGCCGCCACCGGGGCCUGGCCCAGGCCCUUGUCCUGGCCCCGCCUCAGCCUCGCCUGCGUCUCCGUCGCCCGCUGAUGUAGCCUAUGAGGAGGGCCUGGCUCGUCUCAAGAUCCGCGCCCUGGAGAAGCUGGAGGUGGACCGGCGGCUGGAGCGACUGAGCGAGGAGGUGGAACAGAAAAUCGCUGGUCAGGUGGGCCGGCUGCAGGCCGAGCUGGAACGCAAGGCUGCAGAGCUGGAGACUGCGCGGCAGGAGAGCGCGCGGCUGGGGCGCGAAAAGGAGGAGUUGGAGGAGCGAGCCUCUGAGCUCUCCAGGCAGGUGGACGUGAGCGUGGAGCUGCUGGCCUCGCUCAAGCAGGACCUCGUGCACAAGGAACAGGAACUGAGCCGCAAGCAGCAGGAGGUGGUGCAGAUCGACCAAUUCCUGAAGGAGACAGCAGCAAGGGAGGCCAGUGCCAAGCUUCGGCUGCAGCAGUUCAUUGAGGAGCUCCUGGAGCGGGCUGACCGAGCUGAACGGCAGCUGCAGGUCAUCAGCAGCAGCUGUGGCAGCACACCCAGCGCCAGCCUGGGUCGUGGAGGUGGGGGCAGUGCUGUUGGGCCUGGUCCCCGGGGCCCAGGCCGGAUGCGAGAGCACCACGCGGGCCCGGCCGUGCCUAGCACAUACGCGGUGUCACGGCAUGGCUCCUCUCCCAGCACAGGGGCCUCCAGCCGUGUGCCAGCUGCAUCCCAGAGCUCAGGCUGCUAUGACAGCGACAGUCUGGAGCUGCCUCGGCCAGAAGAGGGGGCCCCUGAGGACAGUGGCCCUGGGGGCUUGGGCACACGGGCCCAGGGUGCUAACAGUGGCUCGGAGCGGUCCCAGCCCCCUAGAAGUUCAGGCCUGCGGCGCCAGGCCAUCCAGAACUGGCAGCGUAGACCCCGCCGACACAGCACUGAAGGGGAGGAGGGUGACGUCUCAGAUGUGGGCUCCCGUACCACUGAGUCAGAGGCUGAGGGCUCCUCUGAUGCCCCCCGCCCUGGACCUGCUGGGCCUCUAAGCAGCUGCCGGCUCUCAGCCCGCUCUGAGGGAGGCAGUGGGCGGGGCCAGCGAGCCGAGCGGAGUAGCCCCUCAUGCUCCAAUGAGGUCAUCAGCCCGGAGAUCCUCAAGAUGAGAGCAGCCCUGUUCUGCAUCUUCACCUACCUGGACACACGCACACUGCUGCAUGCUGCUGAGGUCUGCCGAGACUGGCGCUUCGUGGCUCGCCACCCCGCUGUCUGGACACGGGUGCUGCUGGAGAAUGCCCGUGUCUGUUCCAAGUUUCUGGCAAUGCUGGCUCAGUGGUGCACCCAGGCCCACUCGCUAACCCUGCAGAACUUGAAGCCCCGGCAGCGGGGCAAGAAGGAGAGCAAGGAGGAGUAUGCCAGGAGUACCCGAGGCUGCCUGGAAGCGGGAUUAGAAUCACUGCUGAAGGCAGCCGGGGGCAACUUGCUGAUCCUACGCAUCUCCCAUUGCCCCAACAUCCUCACCGACCGCUCACUCUGGCUGGCCAGCUGCUACUGCCGUGCCCUGCAGGCUGUCACUUACAGGAGUGCCACAGACCCUGUGGGCCAUGAGGUCAUUUGGGCCCUGGGUGCAGGCUGCAGAGAGAUUGUCUCCCUCCAGGUGGCACCACUCCACCCCUGCCAGCAGCCCACACGCUUCAGUAACCGCUGCCUGCAGAUGAUCGGUCGCUGUUGGCCCCACCUCCGGGCCCUAGGGGUUGGGGGUGCCGGCUGUGGGGUACAGGGACUGGCAUCACUUGCGAGAAAUUGCAUGCGGCUACAGGUCCUGGAGCUGGACCACGUGUCAGAGAUCACUCAGGAGGUGGCGGCCGAGGUCUGCCGGGAAGGACUGAAGGGACUGGAGAUGCUGGUUCUCACCGCCACCCCUGUCACCCCUAAGGCACUGCUGCAUUUCAACAGCAUUUGUCGGAACCUCAAGUCCAUUGUCGUCCAGAUCGGGAUUGCUGAUUAUUUCAAAGAGCCCAGCAGCCCUGAGGCCCAGAAGCUGUUUGAGGACAUGGUGACAAAACUCCAGGCCUUGCGGCGGAGGCCCGGCUUCUCCAAGAUCCUGCACAUCAAGGUGGAAAGCGGCUGCUAACCCGGGUGAGGGGGCAGCAGGGCCCCCGUCAGCCCCACAUCAGGGCACUCU